UCGCGCAGCGCUCGUUACGCCGCUGCUUCCUGCCCGGCCGCUGCCGCCCGUCAUGCUGCGGCUCCUGCUCCCGCUCGCCGGCUUGGCCGCGUUCCUCCGGGCGGCGGCUUUGUUGACCCAAGGCAUCCCUUCAUAACCACAUUAUUGCCUACUGGAGACUUCUGCAGAGCAGCAGGGAACAGUCAGGAAGCAAAGAUGAUCUCCUUCAAGCAACUGCCCCUUGAAGCAAAGGCCGCAGUGGCUGCAGGAGUGGUUUUCUUCUCCAUGAUGCUAUCGCGGAGUUAUCUGGCAGAAAAGCUCGAUCUCAGGAUGCGGCGUUGGCUUCUAAGGCUGCAGAUGGCACUGUUUGCUAAUGCUCUCAUGUUGAUAGGAUCUCUUCAUGUUUGGAGAAGCACAGUCACCACGUUCUCCAGGUCUUCGGCUGCCAGCUCCUUCUGCUUCAUGCCGUGGAAAAUAGCCGUAUUCCUGUUUCUAGCUUUGGCUCACUCAAGCUUCUUUACAUUGUUAUUUCUCGUUGCAGAAGAGCCCUACUUCUUUUCCUUAGCUGCCUACACUUGCCUGGGGGCCUAUAUCAUUCUUAUCUUCUUCCUCUUCACUCUAGGCUCUGUAGAGCAGGCUUACAAGUUCUUCGCUGGGCGAGGCGCGAAGGCAGGCGCUGGCAGCAAGAACAGAACAGCAAUGAAACCAGUUUUAGCAGUCAUGCUGACUCUUGUGCUGACUGUUGUCGGGCUGUUAAAUGCUUCCCAGCCUCCCACUGUGAAUUCAGUGGAGAUUCCAGUUCACAAGCUGCCCUCCACAAUGAAUAACCUGAAAGUGGUGUUGCUUUCGGAUAUUCAUCUGGGGCCUACAGUUGGGAAGACCAAGCUUGCCAUGAUUGUGAGAAUGGUUAAGGCUUUAAAGCCAGAUAUCACUGUGAUCGUUGGGGACCUGACCGACUCCGAGGCAGAGAUCAUACGACCUGCUGUUGAGCCUCUUGGAGAACUGAACUCCCCUCUGGGAACUUACUUUGUCACGGGAAACCACGAGUACUACACCUCAGAUGUCAGCAACUGGUUUGAGCUGUUGAAAUCGUUUAACAUUCGGCCGCUCCACAACGAGAACGUGAAGAUCGUCUCACCGGCGAGCGCUGCUGACUGGUUCUGCCUGGCUGGUGUUGAUGACAUUGAGGCAGAUGUGUUACGCUACUCAGGACACGGCAUGGAUUUAAGAAAGGCUCUCAGAGGUUGUAGCAGUGAGCACGCCACUGUGCUCUUAGCCCAUCAGCCCAUUGCUGCAAAGUGGGCCCUGCAGGAGAGACCAGACAUAAAUUUGAUUCUCUCUGGCCAUACUCAUGGAGGGCAGAUGUUCCCCUUAAAUGCUGGAGCUUACUUUCUGAAUCCCUUCUUUGUUGGCUUGUACAAAGUCGGGCAGAACACCUUUGUCUACGUCAGCCCAGGGACGAUGUACUUUGGAAUACCCAUGAGGCUGGGCAGCAGGGCCGAGAUAACGGAGAUAAUUCUGCGUGCUCCUUGAGGGCUUUUCCGUGUCACAGACUGCAGCCAUCCUUUUGCUCUGAAAGCAAAUCAUUUUUCAGGGAAGCCAGGGAGGAUGUCUUGGGGUGGACUUGAGCAGGUUCUGUUAAAUUUGAGCAGAAAACACUAAUUGUUAUCUUGGGCUUCUGAAGCGAAUCAGGGGCGCGUUAAAAUGCUACAGAAAUUUAUUCCUUGAGUUCAUGAUGAUUGAGGUUUUGCUUUUAACAAUAACACUGAUACCACAGAGACAAUGUGUGUCCUGUGCUUGUUAGUAUUAUCUCUGUCCUGCAGCUGCUUCAUGCUCCACUGGUUGCUAUUCCAUCAGGCAGCUGUCUUAUCAAGUCUCAGACAGGUGAAGUUCAGGUCUCUUGCAGUGACAUUGCAGAAGGGACUGCAGAUUGUCCACCAAAUGUGUGAAGUCUGGAAGCCUCGUGCUAGAAACUGCAGGAAGUGAAUAGUUUGGGGUUUUCAUGUUACUGAGGCUGGAUGUCUUUAUCCUGCUGGACUGGAAGGCCUAGUGCAGACAGCUGAGCUGCUUACCAGGCAGCAAUUCUUGAAAUGCAUUUUUUUCCAGUUGAAAGCUGGGGAGACUGAUACAAAAGGGUGAAAGUAGCUGUCUUUCUGCAGGAAUUUUACCCCAAAUAACUGGGCAUCUAGUAAUUGCUUACUGAAGAUAGCUCUAAUAAAAGCAAAUGGGAAGGAAAGAAGUCAUAAUUAACUGCUGUUGCUAUCUGAGCAUAAAGUACCUCUUGAUGUGAAGCACAAAAUCCAAUACUGAAGUAGUCUCUUUUCAUUCUGUACCUUUUGUUUAUGCUUGAUUUCUCUUCU